AUGUCUACCAAAGGAAGUCAAAGUAACACUGUUUUUAACUUUAUACCCACACCUUCUAUACCAUCAUAUUCACCGGGCUUUCAUGGUAGUCAGCAUGGUGGCUCACCAACUACUGCACCCCCGAGCUUUUACGGUAGUCAGCAUACUGGCCCACCAGUUGCUGCACCCCCGAGCUUUCAUGGUAGUCAGUAUGGUGGCUCACCAACUGCUACAUCCCCGAGCUUUCAUGGUAGUCAGCAUGAUGGGUCGUCUUUUGUUGCUUCAUCAUCUUCCAGUCCAUCAUCAUCAUCAUCUAUUCCCAGCAUAUCUAGGUUGGAUAUUGGAGGCUCUCGCCCAACUACAUCAUGUGCUGCUUCUGCACCAUCUAGUAGAUGCAGGUAG